CCGGCGGCCGCGACCAUGUUCCAGCCUGCAACCAAGCGGGGCUUUACCAUCGAGUCCCUGGUGGCCAAGGACGGCGGCGGGGGCUCCCAUCCCCUAGCGGCGCCCGCCGCGGAGGAGCCGCUCCGGCCCACGGCACUCAACUACCCUCACCCCGGCGCGGCCGAGGCCGCCUUCGUAAGCGGCUUCCCCGCUGCUGCCGCCGCCGCCGCCGCCGCCGCGGGCGCCGGCCGAUCUCUCUACGGUGGGCCGGAGCUCGUGUUCCCCGAGGCCAUGAACCACCCCGCGCUGACCGUGCACCCGGCGCACCAGCUGGGCGCUUCCCCGCUGCAGUCCCCGCACUCCUUCUUCGGCGCCCAGCACCGGGACCCGCUCCACUUCUACCCCUGGGUCCUACGGAACCGUUUCUUCGGCCACCGCUUCCAGGCGAGCGACGUGCCCCAGGACGGGCUGCUUCUGCACGGCCCCUUCGCGCGCAAACCCAAGCGGAUCCGCACGGCCUUCUCGCCCUCGCAGCUGCUGCGGCUGGAGCGCGCUUUCGAGAAGAACCACUACGUGGUGGGCGCCGAGCGCAAACAGCUGGCGGGCAGCCUCAGCCUCUCUGAGACGCAGGUGAAGGUGUGGUUCCAGAACCGGAGGACGAAGUACAAACGGCAGAAGCUGGAGGAGGAAGGGCCUGAGUCUGAGCAGAAGAAGAAGGGUUCCCACCACAUCAACCGGUGGCGCCUGGCCACGAAGCAGGCCAACGGGGAGGACAUCGAUGUCACCUCCAACGACUAGGGCCACACGGCCAGAGCCACGGACAGAGUGCCGCUCACACCGCUGCCAGGUCCCGGGGCCCCAGUGCGCUCUGGCCACUCCAGGGCCGGCUGCUGCGCUGCGGGAUGCCUGGAGUCCUGGCUCCAGAGGGCGUGGAGCCAGGGUCCUUUUGACAGGGGACAAGACCUGGGCUGGCUGAGGUCUGGGCCCGCCUGCCUACUGGGCCAUCUCCUGGGAGAGCCUGCCGCCUGGGCCUGCCGUGCACCACGGCAGCCUCCUGGCUGCUCUCUGCUUCCUCUCUCACCUCCAGUUUGCUUUCCAUGCAUUUCUGUUUUAAUUUAUUUUCCAGGCCCUCCUGUAGUUCCCAGGGUGCUCCUUGUGUCUCCUUUCCCUAUGGGAAUAAAGUCUUUCUCUUCCGA